GCCGGCCGGAGGCGAGGAAGAUGGUGAAGUUCUCGAGGGAGUACGAGGCCAGCAUCAUCCCGGAGUGGAAGGCGGCGUUCGUCGACUACAAGAGGCUCAAGAAGCUCAUCAAGAAGAUCAAGGUCUCCCGCCGCGACGCCCUCGCCGCCGGCGACAUCCUCCCGCCGCCGUCGCCGCCGUACGCCGGGAAGGAAGGAGGCGGCGGCUAUGGGUUCUCCAUUCUUGACCCCGUUCGGGCCGUCGCCGCCCGCUUCUCCGCGCGACAGCUGCACCUGCACGCUGCUUCAGCUUCAGAGGACGAGGAGUGCCCGGACACAGGGGAGCUCGUGCGAUCCACGGACAAGCAUGAGAGGGAGUUCUUGGAGCGAGCGGACGAGGAGCUGGAGAAGGUGAACGCGUUCUACACGGGGCAGGAGGCGGAGCUGCUGGCGCGCGGCGAGGCGCUGCUGGAGCAGCUCCGGAUCCUCGCCGACGUCAAGCGCAUCCUCGCCGACCACGCCGCGUCCCGCCGCGCCCGGGGCCUCGGCCGCAGCCGCUCCAUGCCGCCGCCGCCGCCUUCGUCGCCGCCGUCGCCGUCAGUGAACGGCUCCAGCGGGCGGUACCUGCUCUCCGGGCUCGCCUCGCCGCAGUCCAUGUCAGAUGGGAGCCUGGAGCUGCAGCAGGCGCAGGUGUCGGAGGGCGCGGCGGUGGCGGACGAGGUGAUGGCGGCGCUGGAGCGGAACGGCGUCAGCUUCGUGGGGUUGGCCGGGAAGACCAAGGGCGCCAAGGACGGCGGCAAGGGGCGGGGCGGCGGCGGCGCGCUGCUGCAGAUGCCGGCGACGGUGAGGAUCGACAUCCCGGCGACGAGCCCCGGCCGGGCGGCGCUCAAGGUGUGGGAGGAGCUGGUGAACGUGCUCCGCAAGGACGGCGCCGACCCCGCCGCCGCGUUCGUCCACCGGAAGAAGAUCCAGCACGCCGAGAAGAACAUCCGCGACGCCUUCAUGGCGCUCUACCGCGGCCUCGAGCUGCUCAAGAAAUUCAGCUCUCUCAAUGUAAAGGCUUUCACCAAAAUAUUGAAGAAAUUUGUCAAGGUGUCCGAGCAACAGCGAGGUACGGACCUGUUUUCAGAGAAGGUGAAGAGGUCGCCAUUUAGCAGCUCCGACAAGGUACUCCAGCUAGCAGAUGAGGUGGAGUGCAUCUUCAUGAAGCAUUUCACAGGCAAUGACAGGAAGGUGGCGAUGAAAUACCUCAAGCCACAGCAGCCCAGAAACACACACAUGAUCACCUUCCUCGUAGGUUUGUUCACGGGCACUUUCGUUUCGCUAUUCAUCAUAUACGCGAUUUUAGCCCAUGUUAGUGGUAUUUUUACUUCCACUGGGAACACAGCCUACAUGGAAAUUGUGUACCAUGUUUUCAGCAUGUUUGCUCUCAUCAGCCUGCACAUCUUCCUGUAUGGGUGCAACCUCUUCAUGUGGAAGAGCACCAGGAUCAAUCACAACUUCAUAUUUGAUUUCUCCUCGAACACUGCCCUGACGCAUCGGGAUGCUUUCCUCAUGUCUGCAUCGAUCAUGUGCACUGUCGUCGCUGCGCUAGUUAUCAAUCUUUUCCUCAAGAACGCCGGUGUAGCCUAUGCCAAUGCUUUGCCUGGAGCACUCCUACUACUGUCAACAGGAGUACUAUUCUGUCCAUUUGACAUAUUCUACCGCUCAACACGAUACUGCUUCAUGCGUGUCAUGCGUAAUAUCAUAUUUUCACCAUUCUAUAAGGUUCUGAUGGCUGAUUUUUUCAUGGCUGACCAACUGACUAGCCAGAUUCCACUAUUAAGGCACAUGGAAUUUACAGCCUGCUACUUCAUGGCUGGAAGUUUUAGGACUCACCCAUAUGAGACCUGUACCAGUGGCCAACAAUACAAGCAUCUAGCCUAUGUGAUCUCCUUUCUUCCAUACUUCUGGAGAGCCUUGCAGUGUUUAAGAAGGUACCUGGAGGAAGGACAUGAUAUCAACCAACUUGCCAAUGCUGGAAAAUAUGUAUCAGCAAUGGUAGCAGCUGCUGUCAGGUUCAAAUAUGCUGCAACGCCAACACCUUUCUGGGUGUGGAUGGUCAUCAUCUCAUCCUCAGGUGCCACAAUUUACCAGCUGUACUGGGACUUUGUCAAGGAUUGGGGUUUCUUGAACCCAAAAUCUAAGAAUAAAUGGCUUCGUAACGAGCUAAUUUUGAAGAAUAAGUCGAUCUACUAUGUAUCCAUGAUGCUCAAUCUUGCACUUCGCCUAGCAUGGACUGAGAGUGUAAUGAAGAUCCAUAUGGGUAAGGUUGAGUCACGCUUGCUGGAUUUCUCACUUGCUUCACUAGAGAUAAUCAGACGAGGGCAUUGGAACUUCUAUAGAUUGGAGAAUGAGCAUUUGAACAACGUUGGCAAGUUCAGAGCAGUGAAGACUGUCCCAUUACCAUUCCGUGAACUUGAAACCGAUUGAUUAAGCAGUAAGGACAAGACGGCAUGCUGCCAAUAUCAAGGCCAGUAAGGAUCAGAGUUCCAGGAAUGGAGAUGCUGCCUCUGCUAGGCUAUGUGCUACUGCUUGCCGCUAGAUUUGGUACAUAGGUGAAUAAAGUUUUCAGAUACCAUCGGUGCACAAGACCAUGAUGUUGCUGAUUAAGAUGGAAUAAGCUUUAGAUAGGCGCAGCUAAUCGAGGCAGUUUGGCAGAAAAGAAGGAACAAUCCCUUCUUGGUA